AUGGAUUUAGCCGCGCGUGAUUGUAGGACUCCGAGGAUACUUAGCCCAAUGUCUGUCAUCGCCAGCAACAUAAUUUCGAGGUCGUUGCCUUUUGCGUUUUCGUUCCGUUGCCUCUCAACGAACGUCGUGCAAAGGAUCAACGAGCAGCGUCAUCAAGCCGUCAGCGGGGGAGGAGAGAAGAAAGUCGCAUCUCAACAUAAGAAGGGCAAAUUGACUGCUCGUGAACGUUUACAGCUCCUUCUUGAUCACAAUUCGUUUAGGGAACACGACAUGUUUGUUGUUCACAAUUGCACUGAUUUUGGAAUGGACAGCCCGUCGAAUAAAAUUCCAGGAGACGGUGUUGUGACCGGUCAGGGAAAGAUAAAUGGCAGAAACGUAUUUGUGUUUAGUCAGGAUUUCACAGUAUUUGGUGGUUCUCUAUCCCAUGCUCAUGCUAGAAAAAUUUGUAAGGUUAUGGACCAGGCCAUGCUGGUCGGUGUCCCUCUAAUCGGCCUAAACGAUUCAGGAGGAGCUCGUAUUCAAGAGGGCAUUGAGUCUUUGGCUGGCUAUGCGGAGAUAUUCCAGCGUAACGUUUUGGCAUCUGGUGUUAUUCCUCAACUGUCUGUUCUGAUGGGACCUUGUGCGGGUGGAGCCGUCUACUCACCAGCUAUUACUGAUUUUACUUUUAUGGUAAAGGACACAUCACAUGUAUUUGUCACAGGUCCGGAAGUGGUCAAGACAGUAACAAAGGAAGCUGUGACAAUGGAAGAACUAGGAGGUGCUAGAACACACACAGUUAUAUCAGGAGUUGCUCACGAGGCUUUUGACAAUGAUGUCGUUGCAUUGUCAAAGAUAAGAGAGUUUUUCGACUUUUUGCCUUUGAAUAAUAGAGAAUCGGCACCGAUUAGAGUGAACGAUGACAAUUGGGAUCGACAAAUACCAUCACUAAAUAAUGUGGUGCCCGAGGAUUCUACAAAGCCAUACAACAUGUUGGACAUCGUUAAUGCUGUUGUUGAUGAAGGUAAUUUUUACGAGAUUAUGGCAGCAUAUGCGAAGAACAUUAUUGUAGGCUUUGGGAGAAUGAACGGACGUACUGUGGGUGUGAUAGCCAAUCAGCCACUAGUAGCAGCUGGCUGUUUAGAUAUCAAUGCCUCAGUCAAAGGUGCUCGUUUUGUUCGCUUUUGUGACGCAUUCAACAUCCCAAUACUAACAUUUGUUGAUGUUCCUGGGUUUCUGCCAGGAACAAACCAAGAGCAUGGUGGGAUAAUCCGACACGGCGCAAAAUUAUUGUUUGCAUAUGCAGAAAGCACAGUUCCUAAGAUAACAAUCAUUACAAGAAAGGCAUAUGGUGGUGCUUACAUUGUUAUGGCCUCAAAGCAUUUUCGAGGUGAUGUAAAUUACGCGUGGCCAACUGCUGAAGUUGCUGUAAUGGGAGCCAAGGGUGCUGUUGCCAUUGUAUGCAGAGGAGAUCCAGAUCUGGCUGCUCGUGAAGUUGAGUAUGUUGAGAAGUUUUCCAAUCCAUUUUCAGCUGCUCAACGAGGUUAUGUUGAUGAUAUAAUUUUGCCAAGUACAACUAGAAAGCGUGUUUGUGAAGAUCUUGAUACUCUUGCUACAAAACGUCAAAGCAACCCAUGGAAGAAGCAUGCUAAUAUCCCAUUGUAGUUGAGGCAUAACUCAGCCUGCUAUAGUUUAGUCUCCUAACUAAUGUCAUUCUGGAAACUUUAGUGCUCAUGGAUUUUCAGCACAUUAUACAAGAAAAUAUCAUUGCAGACAGAUAUAAACAAGGAUGAUCCAGACUACAUGAUGUGGUUGAUGUUGCGUGGCAGUGUUCAUGUGGAUCAGUAAACAUAUAAGCUUUUUUCUCAGAUGAGUGCCACUCUGAUUUGUAAAUAUUUUGGUGGGAAUUGCUCUAAUGAGUAGUCAGAUGGGCACAGGUGUGACUCAUGUUUAUGGUUCGCAACAGCUUUACCAGUAGUCAGCCGUAUCUGGAUCAUGCACAACACAAGUCUAUUGGUAACUGGUUCAGAUUUUUUCAGUCAUCCAUCUUUUAUGCUUUACAUGAAAACUGAUCAGUAGUGCGUUUA